UAUAUAUAUGGAUAUAGUAAUUCUAUGAUAAACAUUGUUUUUUUAAUCAAUCUUUUAAAAUUAAAAAAUGUGCAACAUUUUAUCAUAGAGGAAGAAAUCGAUGGGAAUGUUUUGGUGUCGUUGACAGAGUCGAUGGUGUCACGCUUAUGCCAGACAAUGCAUAGACAAGUCAUGUUACUGAAAAUUAUCAAGAACCUUUCAACUCCACCACAAGCAAUCAAUAAUUUUAACCAAUACUAAUUGAAAGUUUAAAAAAUAAAUUCAAGAAAGAGCGACUCCCUUUAGUUCAAUUAGACAUUGUUGCUGAACACAAAAGAAAAUUUGGGCAACAAGGUAGAGGGCGCAAAAGAAAGGAUUUUGCUGAUAAUCAAUCAUGUGCCAGAAAAAUAAGAGACUUGCCAAAUACACUGCCUGUUGGUGAAGAUGAGACAACUGUGGCCAAACAUCACCAUGAUAUGAAAGCUGAAUACAGUAAGCUUCGUCCAGAUAUUAAAAUGCUCCUUGAUCGUCAACACCGCAGUUGGCCAAACAGAGCAAAAAAAUUUGAAUUAAACUUUAGCACAGUUGAUAUAAAAGCUAGCUAUCCUUGGCUUUCUAUUGCUAGAUUGUUUCUAAAUGAAAUGAAAUUAAGAUUUUGCAAAGAUCUUGAUGAAGAACUUCACCAACGGCUGGGUGCCAUUGGAAAUAAAGUUGUUAACCUUGCUAAGUCUGCUUAUAAAGAUGAAAAUGUAAUUGCAAUAACUGUUGAAAUCGAAUGUGAAAUUGAUGACACUAUGAAGCAAGAAUGUCCUGUAACUGUAUGCAGAAUGGCUAAUACUUUACAUCAGAAAUAUGAACAGCCGACAAAUAAUAAUCAUGGUGUACCUGGACAUGAAGUUGAUGACUAAUGUUUACAAUCAAAGUUUAACAUGGCUGGUGGCAAGUGUAAAGAGAAAUUUGGAGGCACAAACAUUUAUGAGGUUGUUGUUGAGAGCAUCAUGUUAAGUAAAGCAACUGCUACAGUUGCUGAAGUCAGAAAAAAUAUCAUGAAUAUAUUGAAAUAUGCACGCGAUUGAUCAAAUGGUGGUGGUCAGGGCAUAAAUGGCAACUCGGAUAUAUAGGUAUAUGUUAACAAAAAAUGUAUAUAUAUAAUGUUAACAUUCUUUUUAUUUCUUAUAUAUACUCCCUUAAAAGAAUUUUUUGUAGUUUUUUAAUUUACAUGAAAUACACUACUCUUCCCAGUAGACUCUCAACGUUGUCUCAACGUUAAUUCUUUAUUUAUUAUCUUUUGUUAUUUAUUUAAUAAAGUUGUGAAUUUGACAACUUAACAACUGACUUAACUUGUGAUGCAGUCAGUUAAAUAAAUAUUAUAUAUAUCUUUUUUAAUAACUGUGAUAUUUCAUCAAAUUAGAGAAUUGGUUUAUUUGUUUAAAG